AUGGCGGUGGCAUCGACGGAGGCGCUACCGACAGCAACCGACAUAGCUGGAGAACCAUCAUCAUUGGAGCUGCGCAAUCGACUACGUGCUUCCGCGUCAACAGCGGCACCGCAUAAUCGAAGCCAACGGCGAUCUAGUCGUCAAGCAAGCCAAACAAGCUGGCUUAACGCUAAACUGGGUCUUGGUUACAUAUCAACUGCAAUUAAAAACGCCAAGAAUACAGAGUGGAGCAACCAGGGGGCAGCUGCCGAUGCUGUGGUUGCCUCUGGCAACUUGCCAGGCGUUUGGAAGUGUUUCCCAGUUAAGUCGAAGACGGUCUAG